AUGGCCGAGGAGCGUGAAUUACGAGUUGUGUGCGAUGACGCGCACAAACGGGCAACUACCUUCAUUGGCGCUGAAAGCUCUCAGAGCGAGCCAGAGAUCGCUGGUCGUGACAAUAAACGACACGUGCCGAAAGAUCAGGAUGUUCCGAAUGACCAGUUCGCUGCACCGCCAGUGAUCGACAUGUCGACCCAGGUAUCUCGAACAUGGGCCCCUUCCAAUGUACAAGCUUCGACGAUUUACAACAAGCAUCUGGAUUUACUCAAUGAGGUCGCAGCUGCAACAGGGACUACCAUCAGCUUGGACAAUAGCGACUCGUCUGAGUUAGCUAUCAAGGUAUCUGCCAGGGCACAUCAGAGGGUGGAGGAUGCGUUAAAGAGGCUUGGCAAUCUCGAGAAAAUCAUACAUGGCCAGUUCGACAAGGGCUCACUGCAACGGAUCCUCUUAGAUCCUGAUAGCCCGGUCAAAGGACUCCUUGGCAAUUUAACGGUUCCCGCGUCGUGCCGCAUUGAUCCCUCAACAAAUGCAUUCCAUAUAUCGAAGCACCUGCGCGAUUCUAGUGGCAUUCCGCAUCCAUCUAAGACCGAGACGCCUCACACCAUAAAGUGUUUGUCCAAGUUCAAAUUCACCGGAAUCGGAGAUUCUAGCGAACAAUUUAACCGGUCUGUUCUCACAGGCUCGACUCGCGAGGGCUCACAUACCGUGGUAGACUCCCAGACCGAGAGCAUAAAGGAUGUGAAAUCAGUCAAGGGCAGUCAAGCUGGUGUCACGUCGCGAACUAAUUUCAGUGCACCACAUUCCGGUAAGGUUUCGGGUCCAAAGGUUCGUCGCGCAGUCCCACCCAGCGGUGCGCUUUUGAAGACAGCGACACCCGUUGAGGACAACAGCAAGCUUGCAGAAAGCAAAGAAUCAAAAUCCUUGUCUAGGGUCAUUGACGUGAAUGACGAUGAACAAUCGGGCAAGCGGGAAGCAGCUUCUCCUGCGGAUUCCCAGUCUACGAGUACGAAACGCGAAAAGCACAGUCAUCUAUUGCAGACCACAGAAAUCGAGCAGCUUGACUGCGAAGAUUAUAGACAUGAGACGAAGCCGAGUGUGUCGCAGAAGUUGUUGGAUGAUUCUUUAACUCACCGGACAUCUCAACCAUCUUGCGCUAGUGGCCUCCCACCCCGGAUUUCUGCUUCCCACACGGAUAUCAGCCCUCUUCUAGGAAGUUCUGAAAGUCUUAAUGGCUUGUGUGGCUCGAGCAAGGCCUCCAGAGUGACGAGUCUUCUUGCGGAUCAUAUCAGCGACUCUCAACAAGUAUCAGAGGCCUCGCACCAAUCACGUCACUAUUUGGUGUCGAAUCAAUUUCCAGCGCGGUCUUCGUCGAGGACGGAGGCCGUGGAUAUUGCUAGUAGCUUACAUGGAUCAUUGGGUACGCUGCCGUUGCCAAGCGUGCACUCUUUGCUACCUUCGCUCACAGCAAGCACAAUGUCUUACCAGCCUACCAUGGAACCGUCCUUUCACCCUCAGAAAAUCCCCCAAAGAAUGGACGGUAAUCCGCCGACUCGGGAAAGCACGUGUGGUGUCCCCACGCUGCGAAACAGAUAUGCGUCUCACGGAGAUCCCGAAACUUUGAUGACUCUGCCUAAUGAAGUACAUGCGGCGAGACAGACUUCUGAUCAACUCGAAGGGAGGCGAUGGAACAGCGAGUCUACAUCGUCACCUCGCCACAACUCGGUGCCAUCAAACAUCGGAAAUUCAAGCUUCUGGCAAGGCAGUUACCGUCGUCACUAUGAUCAAGAGACGGCGCUCGCACAGAGCGCCUACAGUUUGGGAGCAAAUGCCAUCACGGCGCGGCCUGAGUAUGGUUUCACUGUCACCAAUGCCACUACUUUGUCUGGGGUGCAACCCUCUUACGUGGGAUCUGCCGCGAGCAAUGGGCCUGUUAUUUUCGGAGCAUCAAUCCCGGGCUCCCAAGGUUCGCUGUCACAUUAUUCGGACAUCCACGGGUCUCCGGCCUACGCUUGGUCAUGCCCGUGCGGAAGGACUCUGCCUUAUCCCUGGCAGUGGCCACGUGCUGCAAAUUGGGCCUUGCAAGGCCAAUCCGCUUGGACGUACCCUCAGCAGUAUAACCUUGCACCCUCAUAUCAUGUAGCUCAGCCAUCUGCGACUGCUAGAUACCAGCCAGUGCAGCCAAUACAGCCAGUGCAGCCAGUUUCUCAGACCGUGACAUUCUCUUCUGGUGCAAAUUUUACGGCCCCGGGGCAUAGCUCUAACAUGCCUGUCAAUUUAUUCAUACCAGCUUCUUUCGCACCAUCUGACAAUCAACGUCUUCCUUUUCAAACGACCUCGACGCGCGGCCUUACCGAAUCAAGCCUUGCGGAAAGAAUGGCCAGCUCACAGAGCACAGACAGGCAAUUUCAUUCAGUCAUGAACCAACGUACAGCGAGCCCUUCUCCAGCGCCGGGGGCGAAGAAAAAGGCCGGAGCAGGGACAAGUUCGAAGGCCUCGAAGAAGCGAUGGAAGCCACUUGACAUAUCUUAUACUUCAAAGGUCACCAACGAACGCACGAUGUCUAAUCUACACUCCAAAGGGGUGACGUCUUUGCAAGAGGAUCCAGGAUUGACCCAAAAGGCCUGCGAGCUUCUUGCUCCUUUGCUCGAAACUGCUCGAGUCUUUCCCGGAUCUCUGAGACUCGAGAUACAACUUGGCAUGGUCGCUAUUCUGCGAACAUCGGGGGCAGCAGAAGCUAUCUUUGUAAGUUUCCAGGAUAUCAACGAUAUAAUAGACUCAUCAAGGCAUGUCUCUGGACCCAGCACAAUCUUUUUCCCCAAGUUGACUACGUCUCCCGCGGACAUUGACUACAUGCUCGAUGCUACUGCUGGCGGUGCACGUCUCUUUGAGAACGAGCCCUCUACGCUCGAUAUCUCGUAUGAGUUUCACUGUGUACCGAACAGUGGUGAAAUCCGUGUCAUUGCCUUUGACGAAAUGGGUCGUUACAAGAGACAAGGUUCUGACGUCAUGUUGGGCUCUGUGAACAUAAGCUAUCCAGAUCGCAUCUGGGACGCGGCUGUUGUUCUGCGUGGCCCCCUCGAUGCCUCAAAGGUACAAGAUCCUGCCUCACUGGAAAUGAUAGAAACAAUCUCCAGGUCCUUGUGGGUAGAGCCUAACUGCUCUCGUAUGCGUCUUCGCAUUUACAUUGAAGGUUCUACUUUCUCAGUCAAGAAAAUCAUGGUAAGAAGGAAGACCUUACAUCGCUGCGAGGUCGAUGCGCCAGAGCAAGUGACCGGUGACGCAGGUGGACUUUUCCUUCAGGUCACCGAAGUCCAAGACCUCGUCAUAGGCCCCUGUCGAGCUGAUCCCAGUGUGCUAGAGGCAACCUGUAAAUCGCUCGACGAAAUGGCCAAACUUCACCGGCAGUGGUGGGAGGUGUCUAUUAUCAGUCCUGCUAUCAACCAUGCCCUCGGCGAUAGGUCAUCCAGUGGCAUUGGGGAAGUGACCCCUUUGUGGAACCCCGUUGACAUACUGGGUACUCAAGACAAGAGUGCGGCGGAUCGAUUCUCGUCGAAAAAGGCAAAGUCUAUUGGACGGUAUGGACUAGGAGCCUUGCUAAGACUGGCUACUGCGGUUCUUGAGAAUCUUGAUGUUGUUGGGUAUUCCAAUUGCGCUUCGCAAGCUUGA